UCACCUUUUUUCAAAACCAAUUUUCUCUCUCUUUCUCCAGGUUAUUUCUCUCUACCCCUACUCCUACUUUUCUUUAUAUAUAAACAACUCACCAUUAUUAUCAUUAUCAUAAAGAUUGGCUUUACUUGAAACUCAUAACAACAAACAUGGGAAGAGCUCCUUGCUGUGACAAAGCCAAUGUCAAAAAAGGUCCAUGGUCACCUGAAGAAGAUGCCAAACUCAAGUCUUACAUAGAGCAGAAUGGAACUGGUGGAAAUUGGAUAGCCCUUCCUCAGAAGAUAGGACUUAAGAGAUGUGGAAAAAGCUGUCGUCUUAGAUGGUUAAAUUAUCUUAGACCAAAUAUCAAACAUGGUGGUUUCUCUGAGGAAGAAGAUGAUAUCAUCUGUAGUCUCUAUGUUAGUAUUGGAAGCAGGUGGUCUAUCAUAGCAGCGCAGUUACCUGGACGAACGGAUAACGAUAUAAAGAACUACUGGAACACUAGGCUGAAGAAGAAGCUUCUUGGAAAACAAAGGAAGGAGCAACAAGCUCAAGCUCAACGGGCUCGCCGAGUUAGCAACAUGAAACAAGAGAUGAAAAGAGAAGAUCAUCAGAAUAUGAUGGUAGCAGCAGCAUCAGCAGCAUCAGCAGCAGCAGCUUCUGGUGUUAAUACUAUGAGUAGUACUACUCCUUAUUGGCCUGUAGAGUAUUCUUCUAUUCAUCCCAUGCCAGUUUCAAAUUCAUCCAUAAUUGACUAUGAUCUCAACAAUCAAACAUCCUUCACAAGCAUGCUUCAUCCUCCAACCAUAAUGAACAUGACAUCAAACCCUUUAUCCAUGGUGAGUAAUGCAAACAAUAUAUUUCAAGGGUUCGAAAAUUUUCCAAGUGAUUUAAGUGAUCAGCUUGUAUGUGAGAACCAACAAGUAAUUAUGAAUCGAACAAUUGAUGGUUUUUAUGGAAUGGAAUCCAUUGAUCAUAUGAGCAAUGGUGGUGGUAGCACCAUCACAACAACAACUUCAACAGAAAGUACUAGUUGGGGAGAUAUGAACUCUCUGGUUUAUUCACCUUUGGUUUCUGAUUAUGAAGGAUCAAUUCUUCCUCAAGCUGUUUUUGAAGAGUCUAGGUAUUUUGGAAUGCAAAUGCAAUAACAAAUUUUUUAUAUGAAAUGCUGUAAAUUUGAAACUGCUAUAGAAGUUGUGUUGGUCAAAUCAAAACCCUAAUGAGUUCACUUUCUUUCAUAUUUAUAUAUAUUUGUUGGUUUUUGUAGUUUAUUUUUCAUUCCAAUGUUUUGAACUUCUUGAUUAUUGAUAUAUAUUAUAUAUUAUAUAAAUAAUUAUCACAAUAUUCUCUUUUGUUUUUGAUGUCUCAUA